AUGUCGUAACUUCUUAUGGUGUGGUUGAACGAUGAAGUAUAGUUGAGUAGGAAGGUGACAUCAUUCGAAAAGGAUUUUCAUAAUGGGUAUCUAUUUGGAGAGUUACUGAGCAAGUUCAAUUAACAACUCAAUUUCGAAGAAUUCUCUAAUAAGUAAUUAUUGAUUUCAAAAUUAAGAGAUGUAAGAGAAGCCAAGAUGAAGAAUUUCACUUUGUUGGAACCAACUUUUAAAACUUUACACAUCCCAUUUAAUUUUCAAAUUGCUGAUCAAGUAAUUAAAGGCAAAAAAGGAGUUGCUAUGUAAUUGCUCUAUCAAUUACAAAUGGUAUCCAAUCUAUUCAUUAACAUAGUAAUUGCAAAAAGUAAAUGAUCCUCAUGAUGUCAUGAUGCAUGCAAAAACUGGUAAAUAUAAUGUCAUAUAACCAUUAAUGGUUAUCAGAUAACCAAAAGAGUAAUUUGAUAAAAUGGAAUAAGAAUUCUUCAUAUCUAAACUUAAUGAGAAGAAUAAAGCAUAGAAGGAUGUUAACCUAGAUAAGCAUCUUGGGAAGUUUACAUCUUUUGCCAUUUAAUAAGCGGAAAAAGAACGUAGGUUGAAAAUCAAAGAGGAAACGGAAGAAAGAAAUCUAAAGGAAGAAAUGAGAAAAAUCUAGUUGAAUAAAUUACAAAGAAAUAUGGCAUUUAUGGAAGAUUGGAAUCAAAAAGGAAUUGAAAAUUGGAAAAAGAAUUAAUAAAUUCGACAUAAAAAUAAAGUAGCUGAUGAAAAAUUCAAAUCUACUAUGCAAAAAGCAACUGAAGACAGAUUGAUUCAAACAUAAUAAGUUAUGAGAAGUGAGUUGGAGGAUCAAAUAGAAUAAUUUGAAACCAGAGCAACACAAGAACCAGUCUCCUUAGGAUUGAGGAAUAAGAUGAUGAGUGAAUUCUUGAGAAAGGAAAGAGAUAAAAGAAGAAGAAAAAUGAUUGUGGAUUAGGAAAAGUAAACAGAUGAAUUACAGAGAAGAGAGUACACUGUUUUAGAAAAACUCAAAUAAUAAAGUAAAUAAGAAAAAGAGAUUAUGUAUGAAAUCUGGAGAGCCUAUUAAUGUUAGGAAGUUAUUUUGGAAAAUAGAUAAUUAAGAGAUGAAAAUUAUAGAAAUAAAUAAGAACUCAAUGUAAUUAAUUAGAAAUUUAAAGAAGAAGAAAUGUUAAGAGCAUUAUAAUCAGAAUUUAAUGAAGAAAUAGAAUUACAAUAAAAAAGAUAAUUAGAAAUUAAUGUUGAAUAUAAAUUACAUAUUAGACAAUCAAAUUAUGAAAAAUGUAAAAAAUUAGUAGAGAUUCUCUUCGAAAUUGAAGAAUAGCUCUAUGAACACUUAUAAAACAACGAUUCUAAUUAAUUUAACAAGCAAUUUACCAGAGAGAAUCAUCAUCUAUUCAAAUAAGGCAUGGAACUAAUUCCUUAUAAAAGAUUUAGAACUUAUGAUCCCAUCAAAGAAAUUAAAAAGCAAGAAAGUCUUAACUAUAAACAAAAGGUGUUCCUUGCUAAAAUGGAAAUGCAAGAUUACCUAGAAGGAACUGGAGCCUGGGAUCUCUAUUAAGCCCAAAAUAAUUAUGCUUUAGGGAACCUAGUUAGAUAUCUGAUUGAGAGCUAAUUUUAGAAUUCUACAUCAGAAGUACAAUCUACAGACAUACCUUAUGUACCUUUCAAAGGAAGUUUAAUUGGAUUCUCAUUUAGCGGGAAGAAAACUGUAAGUGAAUUGCUUGCCAAAAAGUAUGGGAUUCAAAUAUUGUCAAUUGAUGUGAUUAUAAAUGAAUUACUAGAAUAUAUUAAGAAAUAUGAAUAAGGUGAAGAACACUCAUAAGUUUGGGAUUAACAAUAAAUUGAAUUAGGUUAACAAAUAUCUGAGUAUCUUUGUUAAGGAGAAGACAUCCCUGAAGAACUUUAUAUCAAAGCAAUUGUCUAGAAAAUUAAAAGGCUAUUUGACAAAUAAGAAUUUGAUUAGAUUUAUGAAGAAUACAAAUCCAAAUAUUAGUCAUUUAAUCCUAGGUAAAGUAGAACCAUUGAUGAAUUUAAUGAUGAUGGUAUAAAUUGGGAGGAUUUUCAUAGAAAUAAUAUGUUUAAUAAUAAACCAUAUUGUAAAGGAUGGCUAUUGGUUGGAUUUCCCCAUAAUUAUGAGUAAGCAAAGUUACUAGAAAAGCAUUUAACAGGUAUUGAACCUCAGGAUGAACUCACUCCUUUGGAAGCUAGACUUAAAGAAGCUGCAAGGGUGGUCAAGCCUAUUGAUUAUGCAGUCAUUCCACGCAAAAAGCAGGAAAGUGGAGUGGGAGUCUGUGUCUAUUUAGAAAUGCCAUCUAAUGAAUAGUGUUUAAGGAGAGCUAUAGGAAGAAGGUAUGAUCAUCAUAAUCACUCAUUAUAUCAUUUGGAAUCCAACACUCCUCAAGUCGAUAAUGCUCCAUUAAUUGAAAGGAUUAAACCCCUCUAUGAAGUAGACAAUUUAUAAUAACUAAUCUCAGAUAAAAAUUCAUAUUUUAUGACACAGAUUGAAGGAUUAAAGAAUUGGUAUAAUAAUUUUGAGUCCACUGAUAAUUCAAAUGCUUAAAGUGCAUUCAUUAGUGUAGAUGCCUCAAAUAAUUAUGAGAGAGUGUUUUAUGAUGUUGAUAAAAUAUUUUAAAACUUUCUUUAAAUUCAAAUUAACAAAAUAUAAUAGAAAUAUGACAAGUAGUAGAAUGAUAUAUUGGAAUAGGAGGAGUUGAUAAAGCAAUAAUAAGAGUAAGCUGAAUUAGAUAAAAAGUGCUAAUUCAAGUAGGUUUAAUUAGACUCUUUGCCUUUAAAGCAACCAAGCUAACAAUUUCUUUAAUAUCUGCAUUCAUUUUGGAAUCAAAUAGAAAACAAAUAUAUUUCCCUCCAAAACAUUUUUAAAGGAUUCAGAGAACAAAGAGAAUUUAUCACAAAUUAUUUAAUGGAUAUUCAGAGAAAGUUCAUAGAUCUAAUUAAUACUCCUGAUGAGAAGUUUUAUCAUGUGAGAAAUUUCUAGGAAUCGUACAAUUAAUUUGUGUAAGAAAAUCCAGAUUUGUGUGAAGAGGAUGUAUGCAAGGAAGAAUUGCACUAAAGAGUAGAUGAUUUAUAUGAUUAAUUAAUUGAUAUCAUUGAUUAAAAAAGAGAUGAUUUGUUAGUAGAAAAAUAAUAAAUACAAAACUCUUAAUUCAUUGAGAAUGAAAUUGAUCUCUUUUUACUAUAAGUGAGAUAGUUAUUAGCGACAGAAUUAGAUAGAGCCUAGAAUUCAGUCUAAUUGCUGAAUGACUACUAUGGAACAUAAGAGGCUAUAGAAUUGUAAGACAUUUAACCUAGUGUUGGAGAAUUGCAAUUGCAAGAAGGAGAUGAUCCUAAUGUAAGAUUAGAUAAACUCAUCGCUGAUUCCUUAAGAAUAUUUGCAGGAGAAGAAGAAAUUAUAGAGGACAAAACAAAAAAAGGAGGCAAAUAACCUGCAAAAAAGGAUGAAAAAAAAGGGAAGAAAGGAAAGGAAGAGGAAGUUGUCAAAAAAGAACUUCAAAAUCCAGAUGCUGUCAAUGCUAUCAGUUUAGAAAAAUAAAUUUUUAAGGAUAGAGUGGAUGCUAUAAAAAGAUAUGCAUAACAAUAAAUUAGAACAUAUAGAUAGGCUGCUGAUCAAUUAUACCUAAAAAUAGAUGAAUGGAUCUAUUACACUCAUUAAACAGAAAUUAAAGCUUUAGAUGCAAUCUCUGGUUUAUUUAGAGGGUAUAUAGAAAGAGUGGAGAGAAUCUAGAAGGAACUUUAAUUAUAGUUUGUGGAUGUUAUUAUUAGUCAUGAGGUCUUAAACUACUUAACACCGAUUCCUCCUCCCUUAACUGCAAGAGAACCAUUAUCCAAAGAAAGAUAUUCUAUUUCUCAGCUCUAUUAUUUGAUAGAAGAUCUGAGAGCCAUUACAAGCACACAUUUGCUAAUUGACAUUAAAUAAUUGGCUUUGCUGUUAGCUAGAUCUUCUUAUGGUGUAUUGAAAUACUCACCAUCUAAAUGGAUGCAAGCCUUAUUAAUUCUAGAUCAAAAUGGGUAAACCUCAAAUUCUAAAUUUUUAGUUAUGUCAAUGUCAGAUAAAUUUGUACAUAUUUGAUUCUUCUUUCAUCUCCAACUCCAAAAGAAGAUGAACUUCAAUAGUAUGCAAGUAAACUAGGUCAACCUUUGGUUAAUAAGGAUACUUUUGUUAAUACUCCAGCUUGGUUUGAUGAAUAUGAGAGGAUACCAGAAGAAGAAAGUACAAUUAUUUAUCAAUAUUAUUUAGAUACUAAUUACUUUGACCGUGUAAUUUACAUUAAAGAAUUGCUAUUCUUCGUUCAUAAGGAUGAAAAUGAUAUGUUAGCUACCAAAUAAUAUAUUGAUAUACUUAAUGUUGAUGGAGACAGAUUUAUAGACUAUUUAUUACAAAACAUACAACAACAAUGA